AUUUUUUCUAAGGUGGCAAUUGCGAAGAUAACUUUCUUCAUCGACGUAGAUGAAGUGAGGAGUACCGAUAAUAAACUUCACGGCGGAAGAUGUUGUCAGGGUGUGACGGGUAUCCAGUGUACCAAGUUGUGUAAACCUGUACUCACCGUAUGUCUCAAAAACAGAAAUCACUCCUGUCGGUCAGGUUUUACUACAACAUUAGACAUGGGACGACAGGACGUUAUUUAUGGUUCUAAACUCGGAAAUACAACGAACCUCCAGUUUUUAGAAAUUGAUUCUUGGAAAAAUUAUUUGGACAAGAUAUCAGUGAGAGUGGAAGAUUUACAACACUCCUCUUCACCGCUCAUCUACAAGACAGACUUCUUUGACAGUCUCAAAAUAGGAAACAACAUACUCUCUCAAAACUGGCAACAGAAGAAAUUGGCAUCAAAUUUUUUUUCGGCCAACAAUUCUUUUUCUAUCCAGAUAACGUACAAGGCGUACUGUUCUGAGGGUUACUAUGGAUCAGACUGUACAGCUCAUUGUCCUGGUAAUCCACAAAAAUGUGUCGUCAACGGUCACACCUACUGUAAAAUAGGAUGGCAUGGAAAUAGCUGCGAUCAGGACAUUAAUGAAUGUGCUACUAAACUGUUUUGUGGACACGGUACCUGUACAAAUACACCUGGUAGUUUCCAUUGUAGCUGUCCUUCCUCUGUUUACGGUCUCAAAUGUCAGCUUGAUGAGGAUGAAUGUCUUCUAGAACCGUGUAAUGGAGGAGAGUGUGUCAACAAGAUCGGGACUUACUCGUGUCAGUGUAGAAAAGGCACAACUGGUAGAAACUGUGAAUCGUUGAUUGCUCACCAAUGUCACAGUGAUACAUGUAACAAUCACGGACAAUGCCAUGUAGCGCAUAGUAAGGUCGUGUGUACAUGUAAUAAUGGUUAUACCGGUCCGGACUGUUUCAUAACGAACUUCUGUGCUAACAACCAGUGCCAGAAUGGUGCUACAUGUGUGAAUACUGGAGCUAACUACACGUGUCAUUGUGCCAAAGGCUUCAUGGGAGAACUGUGUGAUAACAUUAAUUAUUGUGCGAUAGAUCCGUGCAAAAAUUCUGGACAUUGUAUAAAUACCGCGUCUGGAUAUAAUUGUUCAUGCACUGAUCAUUUUAUGGGACAAAACUGUAGCACGUACGAUUACUGUUUUGGACAGAACUGUAAUAAUCGUGGACACUGUCAAAACAUACCGAACGGUUAUUUAUGUCAAUGUAGGUCGCAGUAUCUUGGGAAGAAUUGUGAGCUGAAAAAUCAUUGUAAUAACAAUCUAUGUCAACAUGGAAAUUGUUCAAAUUCAAACUCUGGCUAUACUUGUUUUUGCACCAAAGGAUUUACCGGAACAAACUGUGACAAAAUUAAUUACUGUAACGGUAAGAACUGUAAUGCACAUGGACAAUGUCAGAACGGGCAACAUAAUUACACCUGUAACUGUAGUCCUGGUUUUCUAGGUAAUAACUGUGAAUACGACCAUUGCUUCAAUAAUACCUGUAAAAAUGGUGCAACUUGUCGUAUUGGAAGUUCUAAUUAUACAUGUUCGUGUAAACCUGGUUAUAAAGGACCUCAUUGUGAAACACGUGAUCACUGUCACGGACAGAGAUGUAGCGGUCAUGGAACCUGUCAUAAUGGACAUAGUAGAUACACCUGUAUCUGCAAACCAGAUUAUAGAGGAAAUGAUUGUGAAUUGAAAAAGUACUGUCAUAGUAAUCCAUGCAGACAUGGAAAUUGUACCAAUACAAACACUGGGUAUAUUUGUUCUUGUAAUGGAGGGUAUCUUGGAACGAACUGUGAUUUAAUAGAUUACUGCCGUAAUAAGCACUGUUCUAAUCAUGGUACCUGUCACAUCACAGGAAAUUCUUAUACUUGCACUUGUCAUGGUGAGUAUAUUGGAAAAGACUGUCAGACACGGAAUAAUUGCUAUAACAAACAUUGUUCUAACCAUGGAACUUGUCAUAAUGGAUAUAAUUCCUACACGUGUCAAUGUAAAGCUGGAUACCUAGGAAAAGACUGUGACCACACUUACUGUUCUCAUCGUCAAUGUCGGAAUGGAGCCUCUUGUGUUAAUGGAGACUCUAACUAUACAUGUAAAUGUGCACCAGGAUAUAUAGGAUCGUACUGUCAAACACGUGAUUACUGUAACCAUCAGAACUGUGGUGGCCAUGGAACCUGUCAGAACGGUCAAAAUAAAUAUGCUUGUACUUGUAAUCCUGGUUAUUUAGGCAGAAACUGUGAACAUGAUUAUUGCUUUAGUAGCCCCUGUAGGAAUCGGGGUAACUGUUCCAAUACAAACAGUGGUUAUAAUUGUUCUUGCAGAAGUGGAUUUACCGGAACAGACUGUGACAAAAUUGAUUACUGUAACGGUAAGAACUGUAAUGCACACGGACAAUGUCAGAACGGGCAACAUAAUUACACCUGUAACUGUAGUCCUGGUUUCCUAGGUAAUAACUGUGAAUACGACCAUUGCUUCAAUAAUACCUGUAAAAAUGGUGCAACUUGUCGUAUUGGAAGUUCUAAUUAUACAUGUUCGUGUAAACCUGGUUAUAAAGGACCUCAUUGUGAAACACGUGAUCACUGUCACGGACAGAGAUGUAGCGGUCAUGGAACCUGUCAUAAUGGACAUAGUGGAUAUACUUGCACCUGCCAACCAGAUUAUCGAGGAAAUAAUUGUGAACUGAAAAAAUACUGCAAUAGUAAUCCAUGCAGACAUGGACGUUGCAACGACAAAAACACAGGAUAUAAUUGUUCUUGUUAUGGAGGGUAUCUUGGAACGAAAUGUGAUUUAAUAGACUACUGUUAUAAUAAGCAGUGCUCAAAACAUGGUACCUGUCACAUAACAGGGAAUUCUUACUCUUGUACCUGUAAUGAUGGAUUUAUGGGAAAAGACUGUGAAACCCGGAAUUAUUGUUAUAACCAACAUUGUUCUAACCAUGGAGCUUGUCAAAACAAGCAUAGUUCUUACACGUGUCAAUGUAAAGCUGGAUACCUAGGAAAAGACUGUGAACAAACUUACUGUUCUCAUCAUCAAUGUCGGAAUGGAGCCUCUUGUGUUAAUGGAGACUCUAACUAUACAUGUAAAUGUACUCCAGGUUUUAAGAAUACAUACUGUCAAGAGACGUACUGUUCUCAAAAUAAAUGUCGGAAUGGAGCCUCUUGUGUUAAUGGUAACCGUAACUAUACGUGUAAAUGUGCUCCAAAUUUUAAGGAUACAUACUGUCAGACGCGUGAUUACUGUUACCAUCAGAACUGUAAUACAGGUAAAUGUGUCAAUGCUAACGGAAGUUAUACGUGUGACUGUGCGAAUGGAACAACUGGUAGGAACUGUGAAUCACUGGUUGCAAACCGGUGUCACAAUGGCACGUGUAAUAGUCAUGGACAGUGUCGUGUUUAUCAAGAAAGGGCAGUGUGUACAUGUGACAAUGGCUAUACUGGCCCUGAUUGUUCCAUUAUUAAUUCCUGUACUCACAACCAAUGUCAAAAUGGUGCCAAAUGUGUGAUAACUGGAGCUAAUUACACAUGUAACUGUGCCAAAGGCUACUUAGGAGAGUUUUGUGAGAUUGUUGAUUAUUGUGCAACGACUCCUUGCAAAAACUCUGGAUCAUGUAUUAAUACCUAUUCUGGAUAUAACUGUUCAUGUCCUGACCAUUUCACGGGACAGAACUGUAGCAUUCCUGAUUACUGUUUUGGGCAGAAUUGUAAUAACCGAGGGAAUUGUGUGAACAAGAUCGGGGGGUACCAAUGUCAGUGUGGGAAUGGAACAACUAGUAAAAACUGUGAAACAUUGACUGUAGAUAAGUGCCAGGGACAU